AACUGUGUCGUUUGAUGGAGCUCACAUAAACUGGAUUAGAUACGUCGUUUUAUUCGUGCUGCCGAGAACCGUAUUAAAAUCUGGGGCAGUUAUGCCACUUACCGGCAGGACGUGCAAGUAUCCGUCGCGUUUCCAGCCUGAUCGAGCGCAGUGUUAGUACUGUGAUAGCAAUGAUGGUAAUGUUAGCUGGGACGCCUGGACAGAAAUAGCCAGCCGUCAAAAGAAACAGCAGCUCGCUCCGGUGUUUGGACCUGCUUUGUGUACACCAGCAGUCUCUCUGGGAUGCAUCUCUCCAAGAAAUGUUCCGUCUUCAAAGUGGUGCUGAGUGCUCUGCUGAUUGUGGCGCUCCUGCAGCUCAUAUAUCUCUCCUUCUUAUCCAAGUUUCACGGUAAGCAGCAGCGGUACCGGUACUCUGAGCUCUUUGGAGGCUCCGGGGGCAAGAAAAAUGGACACCUGGAGAAAAACUCGCGGAAGGAGCGUCUGAGGUACUCCCUGUCCACUGGUGGGAUCUUUGACAACAGUGGGCAGUACCGGGUGUACAAGAACUUGAUCAAAAGUGAUUUCACCACGAAUCAGAAGCCAGGAACCGACUCCAGCGUCAAUGUCCUGGCUCUGGCCACCCACACAACCAUCAACAACCUGCAUCACCUGGAGUCUCUGCUGGAAAGGUGGCAGAACCCUCUUUCUGUGGCCAUAUUCGCGCAUGGGCAGGAUGUCAAGUUUGCCACAGCUCUGGCCUAUGCACUCAGCUUCUUCUGCCCUCAGAUCCAGUCUCUGGUGGACUUCCACUUGGUCUGCCUCUCAGGAGAGAUGGCCAGCUUCCCUGAGCAGGACCGGGAGCACUUUGCAGGGCUUCAGGACUGUGCCUCGGUGUUCUCCAGACUGGAGACCCACAGCGAUAAAUACAAGAACUAUGCCAUCAGUGGGAACGUCUCCUACCCAAACAACCUUCUGCGUAACGUUGCCCGAGGCAGCACAGAGUCCUCCUACAUCCUGGUCAUUGACAUCGACAUGAUGCCGAGCGCUGACCUGCACCAGCAGUUCCUGGCCAUGAUCAUGAAGCGUGAGCCGAUGAGCGAUGAGGUGUUCGUGUUGCCCGCCUUUGAGAUCCGCCACGCCCGGAAGAUGCCCGCCAACAAGGCCGAGUUGGUUCAGCUCUACCAGGUGGGUGAGGUCCGGCCCUUUUAUGAAGAGCUGUGUCCUCGCUGUCAAGCCCCCACCAACUACUCCGCAUGGGUCAACAGCCACGUGAGAACGACAGGUACCCUGGACGUGGCCUACACACUCACCUGGGCAGACCCCUGGGAGCCUUUCUACAUCGGGCCACACACUGUGCCCCUCUAUGAUGAGAACUUCAAGCAAUAUGGAUUCAAUCGUAUCAGCCAGGCCUGUGAGCUCCAUGUGGCCGGAUACAGGUUCUCGGUGCUGAGCUCAGCCUUUGUGGUGCACCGGGGCUUCAAGAUCCAGGGGGAGUUCCACGCCAAGAAGGACGAGGAGAACAAACGCAACCGGGUUCUGUUUCGCAGCUUCAAAGAGGGCUUGAAAACCAAAUACCCAUCCUCCAACCGACGGUGCUGAAGCGAGAUGAGCACUAUACAUACUGCCUUUAUCUCAUGAAAUCAGUCUUCUGCUGAAUGACGGAAGCACAUUCUUUAUUUUAACCAGAUUCAGAGGCUCUUCCUACUCGCAAUGUCCCAGUUUUCUUUCCAUUUCUUGUAAUGGCAGCCCAGUAGUAGCCCAGAGUUUGACCUAAUCCAACUCUGUUUUACUACAAGUCCCUCGAAAAAUGAGCAGCAGGGGAGUGUCCUGCUUGUUUGGACUGAAAGUAAGAAGUUAUCAUUUAGGACUGGAUAACUGGCGAACAGCUUCUUAAAAAAACAACAAAUAGAAAUCUAAAAUCCAGAUUUUAGCGACGUUAAUGUUAAAGCAUAUGAGCUCACAAAUAGACACAAAAACAGCAUCUUUACAUAAUUACUCAGAUAUCCUCCAAAAUAAAAGCCCUAAUUUCACUGUAACAUGAAGUUAAAGGUUGUAGAUUUUAGGACAGAUGAUCAAAGUUUGCCAAGUUCCUCAAAGUCCAACUGAAGUCACAUUUAGGCAUCGCUUUCUACUGUCAGUAAGUCAAAUUUAUAUCUAUUUAUUUUUUACCAUAAAUUUGAUUGUAUGCUGUAGCAAGAAAAGAACAUGCAAUUCAACUUCAGUUGGACUUGAAACCCCUCUGAACCCCACAAGUUUGUUUUCUUUUAAAUUGUUGCUAAAAUAAUACACUGUUUAUCGUUGAAAGAAAAUGUAAAAACAGGUAUUAUCAUGAAAAUUUGAACUUUCCGACAGUCCUUAAACUGAUCAUAAGUUAAGAAAGUUUCAGUUAAAAAAAGUAACUAAAACAAAGCUUAAAUUGUGAUAUUUCUGUCAAAAUCACUUUAUUCUACAUAUCUCAAUUAAACAUUGCCAAAAAAGAAAGCGUUUGUAAUAACUAGAUCCUGUUAAAAACAUUAAAUUCUGCUCCUCAGAGACACUGUGAAGACAUGAUUGAUUCUGCUGAGACGAACGGUCACGUGACAAAUAUUCACUGAAAAUCUGUUUACACAGAGCUGAGAGGAGAGGACAGGAGAGGUGGGGAAAAAAAUGCAAAUAGUUUCAUUUCUUUGUCCAAUGCUCAUGGGCACAAAGAACACAAGGUGUUCUAUUUUAUUCCAUAAAAAAAAAGCUAUGAGAGAAAUUUAACUAGAUUUUUUCUGCUUUUUUUCAUGAUUUAUGUCAUAAUUGUGUAAUUUGGCAGAAAAUACAUUUUUUUUCCAGUUCUUCCAACUUCUAGCCAUGACAGACUGAUUCAAUAGAGCUGCAGACUUAUAGAUUUUGUAUACAUUUUAUAUAUUACAGUGUUAAAAUAGAGCAAAAAUAAUGCCCUGAAAAAGCUUGUUGGGGUUCAGAGGGUUACAGAAAAGGGGUCUGAAAAGUCUAGCUUAGUUCAAGACAUUUUUAGGUAAUUAAUAGAAAUAAUGAGGUGAAACAAAAUCUUCAGUCUGAUUAUCAAGGUAGCUACAAAUGAUUUUUUUUCUUUAUUUACUAAUGUAUAAUUUUAAGUUUGAAUGUUAGUUUCUUUUGAAUGCUUUGCCAAUCAGUGAUGCUGCCCGACCACCAGAUGGCGACAGGCACUUGAGUGUUUAGUGCGGUGGUGGUGCUGCGGUGGAUGUUUCAGCCUGAAGUGUUGGAGACGCUACAGCAGAACACAAGGAUUACACAACGCACAACAGUGUUUUGCGCUGAGGGGGAUGAAAAUUUACUCCACAACUGUCAGCACAUUUCAGGCGCUGGCGGUGCCCUGUGAGUGCUCGUUGUUGCUGCAAACUGUCAGAAGAGAUUACUCACAAGCACUGGGAAACUUUAACAUUGUACAACACUAUGAUUUCGGCAACACUGUGGAAAACUACUGUGUUAUAACACGGAGGAUCUGACGCUGGAAGUCGGUCAGGUUUGAGGUUAUAUGAGGGGUUAACAGGUAGAAAUGUAGCAUGGGUUAAAAAACUGCACAAUCAAAAGGUUUUCUGUGGAAAUGUUUAUCUCAACGUUACUAGAAAAUAUCAUUAUUGAUUAUAUUCUGUAACCUAUUUGUACAUACAGCACACACAGUAUUAAACCUCGACUACCACUCUUCUUAUAUAAACAGCAUAUAUACUGCAGAGUAUGUAAUAAAAACAUGUUCGGUUUCUUUUCAGUGUUAUGUUGCUGUGUAAUUGUUGAUUUUGGAGAUUUAAAUAUGUUUUCCUUGUUCACUUGUAGUAUUUAUGAUAUAUUUAUUGUGAUGGGGUUUGUUUCAACGGGAUUUUUUUUUUUUUUUUAAAUGACCCCGAGCAGAAAAACUGUAGCACAAAACUGUGUUCGGUGUGAAAAGUUUGGAAGGGAACAUUUUUAUUUUAACCACUUUUAAUUCAUUUUUAUUGGUAUUUUUGGAGUGAGAUCGAUUUCAACAAGUUACCUUGUGUGAUGAUGUGAUGUGCUUUAUUUCUGAUGUAUGUUUUACUGACUUGAAAUGCCUUUUAUUUUGUAUUUAUUUUUAUUUUGUGUUCACUAAAUACAAUGCCUGGUUUGUAAAGUUCUAUUAAACCUACAGGAUGGCUUUUA